AACAUGACAACAGUAUUUGGUGUUCCCGUCGGUGACCGGACUAAUAUGAUAACUGCUGGCCCACGGGGGCCGGUACUACUUCAAGACGUAGUAUACCAGGAUGAAAUGGCACAUUUCGAUAGAGAACGACCACCCGAACGGGUUGUCCACGCCAAGGGUGCCGGUGCUUUCGGAUAUUUUGAGGUGACCAGUACCGAAAUCACUAAUUACUGUAGAGCCGCGCUCUUCAAUAUGGUCGGUAAGCGGACACCGGUUGCCGCCCGCUUUUCGACAGUAGUUCGUGAGCGUGGAUCGGCCGAUACGGUCAGAGAUCCGCGCGGGUUUGCCGUCAAGUUUUACACCGAAGAGGGCAAUUGGGAUCUGGUUGGCAACAAUACGCCCAUAUUCUUCAUACGAGACGCCUUCCAGUUCAUGACAUUCAUUCACUCACAGAAACGCAAUCCACAGACAAAUCUUAUUGAUUAUAACAUGCGAUGGGAUUUCUAUACGUUAAGACACGAAUGUUUGCAUCAAUUGACGUUUCUGUUUGGCGAUAGAGGCAUACCUGAUGGUCACCGGCAUAUGGAUGGAUGGGGUUCUAGUACUUAUAAAUUAGUCAAUAGUGAUAACAAACCUAUUUAUAAUAAGUUCUACUGGAAGACCAAUCAGGGCGUCAAAAAUUUGGACGUCGAAACCGCAAAUCGAUUGGCCUCUAAAGAUCCCGAUUAUUCUGUUCACGACAUGUUUGAUGCCAUCGCCCGUAAAGACUAUCCGUCGUGGACUCUAUACAUACAAGUGAUGACAUACGAACAGGCAGCUAAUUGGGAAUUCAACCCAUUCGACAUAACCAAGACAUGGCCUGAGGACGAGUAUCCACUUAUAGAAGUAGGUCGUAUGGUUUUGGACAGAAAUCCGACCAAUUAUUUUGCAGAAGUGGAACAAUUAUCAUUCUGUCCGGCGAGUAGAGUACCCGGCGUUGAGUUCAGUCCCGAUAAGUUACUUCAGGGACGGUUGUUUGCCUAUCAGGACACGGCUAGACAUAGAAUUGGCACUAAUUUCCACUUAAUACCAGUCAAUCGGCCCAUUUCGGCUUCGGUCUAUCCGACCCAACGUGACGGCCAGAUGACUGUCGAUAGUAAUCAGGGAAAUGCACCCAAUUAUUACCCGAAUUCAUUCCAAAAUGUUGGCCAAAACCCGAAACGAUAUAAUGAAUUCCGUUUUCAAUUGCCGACCGCCGAUGUAGACCGCUAUGAGUCCAAAGACGAAGACAAUUACACUCAGACGAGACGAUUCUAUCUGAGCCAUACUCCCGAAGAAAGGCAGAGACUAUUCAGUAACAUCGCUACAGAGUUAUCGUUAGUUUAUAGUAAUAUCCAACAAAAAGCUUACGAUAUGUUCAAUAAAGUCGACCCGAGUUAUGGUGCGGGUGUCAGAAUGGCCGUAGAAAUGGCCAGUAAAAAGUAG